AUGAAGAAAAUAUUUGGCUUUGGGAUUAAGGAGAGGACACCUUUGGGCUUCUGCGAUGGCAAUAAGAGUACCUCCCUGCAAUCUGGGAAUGAAAAUAUUGAUAGCCACUAUUGGCGAAAUUUCUAUGCCAAAUACAAACCUAAGGAAAAGCUGCACAAGGCUGCAAGCACAGGGAAAGUAGAGAAAUUGGUAUCUAUCCUUGAUAGUGGGAAAAUCCAUGUGGAUAACAGAGACAAGAAGAACAGGACUGCUCUGCAUUUAGCCUGUGCUUGUGGCCAUGUCAAAGUGGUGACCUUCCUAAUCGCCAAUGAUUGUGAGAUUGACCUCUGUGACAGCGACAACAGCACUGCGCUGAUUAAGGCUGUACAAUGCCAGGAAGAGGAGUGUGCAACCAUUUUACUAAAGCAUGGCGCUGAUUCAAACAUUGAAGAUGUCAGCGGCUUCACUGCUCUUCAUUAUGCUGUCUGCAAUGGGAAUAGUCCAAUGGUUACCAAGCUGCUUGCAUAUAAUGCAAACAUCGAAGCAAAGACUAAGGAUCACCUCACACCUUUUUUACUUGCUCUAAGGGAAAGCAAAGUACAUGUGGCAGACCUUUUAAUAAGGAAGGGAGCAAAUAUACAUGCACUUGAUGAAUUUAGAAGAAAUGCUCUCAUGUAUGCCGUAAGAUGCGAAUCAAAAGAUAUGAUCGCGCUUCUUCUUCAACGAGGCAUUGAGGUUUCCCAUCAAGAUGGUUUUGGAUGGACUGCGUUACAAUAUGCAGCUGCAAGUCGUUCUAGGAUCUGGAACAUACUUUUGAACUAUGAAGAACACGAGCUUAAUAAUUUACAAGAGAGCAAUACAGCAUCUAGUAGCUCUGAAGACAACUCUUUAACCAGGUGUUCCGAUGAACCUUUUCCCCAAGUUUUCUCAUCUAUUUCAAAGCAAGGUGAUGGUAAUUCUCAUAGCAAGAGUAUCUCUGAGAGUUUUCCAGAGAAGAGUAUUGCUAAUUUCCUUGGAGAUGCAAAACAAAUUGGAGAAAAUACAGAAGAUCAGAUGGAAGGUUUGAAAGAAGAGGAAGAUAAAGAAUCACCCCGGAAUACCAAGGCUAUCUCUGAGUAUCUUGGAUCACAUAUUGUGACUCAUUUAACUGAGGCUGCAGAUCCAAGAACAGAAAAUGUGAUGAAAGGACCAGUGAGAAAAUCUCCCAAGAUGCUUUCAUCCAUGAAGACAAUAAAUAUUGAAUACCUUGUUUCAAAAUCCACACAGCCAAUCAUCGAAAAGAAAGGUUCUACUACAACCAAGGCCAAUGCAAAGCAGGAUAAAGAAUUAUUCAAAUCAGAUUUGUCAGCAGACUUAGAAUUAAGCGUGACAUUAGAGAAAAGUGGAAAAAGGUUUGAUGAUAGUGAAAAUAACCACACACAGAUUAAAGAAAAAAUGAAGAUCCACAAAAGUAAUGAAAUGGAAGUAGCAGAAAAUCCAUGUGGUGAUGGUGCUGUUGCUACUGAAACUGGAAUUUUACAUAGAAAGAGUGAGAAGGCUCAUUGUCAGCAAUUUCCUGAUCAGGAGAUUGAAGAGCAUGAUGGGUCUGAACUUCCGAAUCCCAAGCUAAAAGUUACAAUGAAAAAGCUGGCAAGGAAAACUGAACAGCUUCAGACAACACUGCAAAUGACUGAAGAGGAUAAGGAACAACUUAAUAAGUUUCUUGAAAUAAAAGCAUGUCUAGAACGUUGUUUGGAGAAAAAAAGGAAGGAAAAUACUGAAUUAGAAAAAGACCUAACGAGAUUCAAGAAAUACUUUGAGGAAAGUGGGACAAGAUGGGAGACUGAAAACAUGAAUUCUUGCUCUGUAAGUAAGAAAAAUCUAGUGACACAGAAGCCAGAAGAUUGUGAGGAGGAAAUGAGGGGAAGAAAUGUGAAAGUACAAGGAAUUAAUGAAGACCCUGGAACGUAUAGCGAAGCCAGCAAAACAGAAGAAGAUCAACAAAGAGUUUGGAACUGGCAUCCAGCUCCCAUGACUGGGGGCAGGGAAUCCGGAAGACCGCAAUCCAAGGUAAAAUGA